AUGCAAGUUCUCGGCUUCUCACACCGCUUAGUUACGCCGGCAACUCACCGGUUGUCCCCGGUGCCGGCCAUUAACAUUUUCACUAGAACCGCAAGCUCGUCACUUUCAUGUGUUCCAAAACUCAGAUGCGUCCCAGAAAUCAAAUGCUGCUCUGAGAAGAAUCCGUCCUUGGUUACUGAUGUAAAGAAGUUUGAAGAAGCAUCGAAGAAUGGAAAUUUGGUUCCCUUGUACAAGUGCAUUUUCUUGGACCAGCUCACACCGGUUCUUGCAUAUCGAUGCUUGGUGAAGGAAGAUGAUAGAGAAGCUCCCAGUUUUCUGUUCGAGUCGGUUGAGCAGAGCACCCAGGGGCGAUAUAGCGUUGUUGGAGCUCAACCAGCAAUGGAAAUUGUAGCAAAAGAAAAUAAGGUGACGGAAGCAGGGUGUUCAGUAGAGGAGUUUGUUGAAGAUCCCAUGGUCAUUCCGAAAAGAAUCUCAGAGAAUUGGAGUCCCCAACUUAUUGAUGAACUUCCAGAUGCAUUUUGUGGUGGUUGGGUAGGAUUCUUCUCAUAUGACACAGUUCGAUAUGCGGAAAAGAGAAGACUGCCAUUCUCAAAGGCUCCCGAGGAUGACAGAAAUCUUCCAGAUAUGCAUCUAGGACUCUAUGAUGAUGUUAUAGUGUUUGAUCACGUAGAGAAGAAAGCAUAUAUCAUUCACUGGGUGAGGCUCGACCGAUACUCCUCGGUUGAGAAAGCCUACCUCGAUGGAGUAAGACGGUUGGAGCAGUUAGUGGCUCGUGUACACGACAUCGACCCACCAAAGAUAUCUCCCGGUGCAGUGAAUCUGCAGACUCACCAUUUUGGUCCUCCUUUAACGAAUUCAAACAUGAGCAGUGAGGCAUACAAGGACAUUGUAAAGAAGGCAAAGGAGCAUAUACUCUCAGGGGAUAUUUUCCAAAUCGUCUUAAGUCAGCGAUUUGAACGUCGAACAUUUGCUGAUCCAUUUGAAGUUUAUAGAGCGCUGAGGACUGUAAAUCCGAGUCCAUACUUGACAUAUUUGCAGGCUAGUGGGUGUAUUCUGGUUGCUUCAAGUCCGGAAAUUCUUAUGAGUGCAAAGAAGAAAAGGAUUGUGAACCGGCCAUUAGCCGGCACAGCCAGAAGAGGGAAAACCGCGGCAGAGGACGCACUUUUAGAGGUUAAACUGCUCCAAGAUGAGAAGCAGUGCGCUGAACAUAUUAUGCUGGUGGACUUGGGCAGAAACGACGUCGGGAAGGUUUCAAAAUUUGGUUAGGUGAAGGUGGAAAGACUAAUGGACGUGGAACGAUAUUCCCAUGUCAUGCACAUAAGCUCUACGGUUACCGGAGAGCUAAGAGAUGGACUCACCUGUUGGGACGCUCUGCGAGCUGCAUUGCCGGUGGGAACUGUGAGUGGAGCGCCAAAGGUAAAGGCCAUGGAGCUUAUUGAUGAAUUGGAGGUGAACCGCAGGGGACCAUACAGUGGCGGAUUUGGAGCAGUUUAUUUCUCAGGCGAUAUGGACAUUGCACUAGCUCUGAGGACCAUAGUGUUCCCAACAGCACCCCGGUUCGACACAAUGUACUCUUACAACAAUGGUGACACCCGCCGCGAGUGGGUUGCAUAUCUCCAAGCUGGUGCUGGAAUAGUUGCUGAUAGUGACCCUGCCGAUGAGAACCAAGAGUGCCAGAACAAAGCCGCCGGUCUCGUCCGUGCCAUCGACUUGGCAGAGGAAGCAUUCGUACAAUGA